CUUCGUCCACAUUACAGCAUCAGCCUCCCUCACGUCGAAACCGAAGUCAAUUGAUCCCGCUCAAUUGACUGUUUGCGCCGAGCGACCGACCGAUACCUUCAUCGAUUUUCUCGCGACCCCGAUACCCAGACAUCAUGAGCUUCGUCCCCCGCCGCGGUCUCUCGACCCUCAUCCCCCCCAAGGUCGCCUCCCCUAAGGCUCUUGGUGCGGACCCCAACGCUGUUCGCAUGCAGCGCGUCGUCAACUUCUACGAGAAGCUUCCCCGUGGCCCGGCCCCCGAGACCAAGGCCACUGGCAUCCUCGGCCGUUACGCCGCUAAGCACUUCAGCGGCAAGAACGCCUCGGCGAAGCCCAUCGUCCACGCUCUCGGCCUCCUCCUCGUUCUCGGCUACGCCCAGAACUACUACUUCCACCUCCGCCACCACAAGAACAAUGCUCACUAAGCGAUUUCUAAUCGUUGGUUGUAGUCCAGCCUGAGGCUGUGUAAUGGCAUUGGGACUGUGUAUAUAAGAAUUAGAACCUAUUCUCCGGGAGGAGGCUCCUCGGCAAAUCC